AACCGGAAGUGUAUUCGAGGACUCCUUCCUUUCCCCCCCGGAAGUGAUUCAGCUUUCUUUCGCGUCUCCGAGAUGGACGUCGGAGAGAGGCAGGAGCUGUCGUAACUUUCGGGAAUGACGUGUUGUAUUCCAGACUGAUGGCGUCGGGCACAGCGAGCCGCUCUGAAGACGAAGAGUCUCUGGCAGGGCAAAAAAGGAGCUCCUCACAGGUGUCGGGUGCCAUUCCAAAACGGCGUAGUUCUUCCAGGUUCAUCAAGCGGAAGAAGUUUGAUGAUGAACUGGUAGAGAGCAGCCUUGCCAAAUCAUCCAGCCGGGCCAAGGGCCCCAGCGGGGUGGAGCCAGGGCGCUGCUCUGGCAGUGAGCCCUCUUCCAGUGAGAAGAAGAAGGUGUCCAAAUCUGUCUCUGCACCUGUCACUCCAAGCCCAGCUCCAAACCCCAGCCUCACCAAGCGGAUGAAGAAGAGCAAGCAGCCCUUGCAGGUCACCAAGGAUUUGGGCCGCUGGAAACCCACUGAUGAUUUGUUGCUGAUCAACGCUGUGCUUCAGACCAAUGACUUGACCUCUGUGCACCUGGGAGUGAAGUUCAGCUGCCGUUUUAAUCUGCGGGAGAUCCAGGAGAGGUGGUACGCUCUGCUCUAUGACCCCGUGAUUUCCAAGCUGUCUUGCCAGGCCAUGCGGCAGCUGCAUCCGGAAGCCAUAGCCUCUAUGCAGAGUAAAGUGCUCUUCAGCAAAGCAGAGGAGCAGCUACUAAGCAAAGUGGGAUCGACCAGCCAACCCACCCUGGACACCUUCCAGGACCUCCUGCACAAGCACCCCGAGGUUUUCUACCCCUCCCGCACUGCCAAGGUCCUACAGACGCAUUGGCAACUCAUGAAGCAGUACUACCUCUUGGAUGAUCAAACAGUGCAGCCACUGCCCAAAGGGGACCAGGUGCUCAACUUCUCCGAUGCCGAGGACAUGAUAGAUGAUAGCAAACUAAAGGAUGUCCGAGAUGAGGUGUUGGAGCAUGAACUGACGGUGGCAGACCGGAGACAGAAGCGUGAAAUCCGGCAACUGGAGCAAGAGCUCCACAAGUGGCAGGUGCUGGUGGACAGCAUAACAGGAAUGAGUUCCCCUGAUUUUGAUAACCAGACACUGGCUGUGCUGCGUGGAAGAAUGGUGCGUUAUCUCAUGCGCUCCCGGGAGAUCACACUUGGCAGAGCCACCAAAGACAAUCAGAUUGAUGUGGAUCUAGCGCUCGAGGGGCCAGCCUGGAAAAUAUCCCGCAAGCAAGGUGUCAUCAAACUGAAGAACAACGGUGACUUUUUCCUGGCAAACGAAGGCCGGCGGCCCAUUUAUGUGGAUGGGCGCCCAGUGCUUUGUGGCAGCAAAUGGAAGCUCAGCAACAACUCAGUGGUGGAGAUUGCUAGCUUGCGCUUUGUCUUCCUCAUCAACCAAGACCUGAUUGCGCUUAUUAAGGCAGAGGCUGCCAAAAUUGCCCAGCCUUGAGGCUUGGAUCAAACCCAAGGCUCCAGUGGAUCUGUGUGCGGCUGCCCAACCCCUGCCCCGGACUCCUUUCGCCAGCAGGGACCACCAUGCUUUAUGAAUAAGAUGAUGACAGUGCAGCUUCAUAGAGCCUUCCCUCCCCUAGGCUAGGACUGAAACUUCUUGGGGGCCUUUUCCUUUGCGGCUGAGGAGGAGGACGAGCUCUGCUUCAUCAAUCAGCGGAUCUAUGUAAAAGAAAGGUAUGAGCCAGGCCUUAAACUGGCACCUUGUUUGGAUGUUCUUGGCUGUGUGGGGCAUUUGCUGGCUAGGGGUGUUGCGCUCGAUACUCUUUGGGACGGAGUGACGAAAACCACCAUGGAGGAUUAAGGGCCGGGGAGUAAGUGUCAAACGAGCUAAUAAAUAGUUGCAAAUCUCACUA